AGGUCUAUGAUAAGUCAUACGUGUGCUAAUUGCCAAGCAGACUUGGUGCGCAGCCCUGCACAGGUAGACACUGUGUCGCGAGUAAUUAGACAGUUUUCCGUUUCCCUUUACAAAACGACUCACGCGAGCUAGUCUUGCGCGGGCGUGAGCUCUUUCUUUGCUUUCUUUAUAUUUCUCUCUAUAUCGACCUGUUCUGAAUCCACGAUGAUUUCCCUCCCCCUUGUAGCUAUCGCACUUCUUCCAUUAUUUGCCCUUGCUGCUCCCCAACCGGCUACAGGUGUUAUUCAUGUUCCAAUCGUGCGACGUACACAACCCAACCGAGUUGCAAAUUUACCAAAAGCCGUCGAAGCAAUCCGGGCAAAGUACGGUUAUCAGUCAAACAAUGUGACGAAUUCGAAGCGAGGAAACACUGCUGCAAUUCCCAUCACUGACGAGCAAAAUGAUCUCAGUUACUCGGGUGUCGUGAGCAUUGGGACACCAGCGCAGAACUUCAAUCUUAUUCUCGACACUGGUUCUUCUGACCUUUGGGUUGCAACAUCCGCAUGUCCUUCGUGCGCAACAACUGAGUUUACCACCUCAAAAUCGUCGACAUACCAGUCAACAGGCUCCGCCAUGACGAUUAAUUAUGGUUCAGGAUCGGUGAGAGGAACCACCUCCCAAGAUACCGUCACUUUCGGUGGCUUCACAAUCACUAAGCAAGAACUCUUGGCUGUUACUCAAACUACGUCCGGCUUGAUCGACGGUUCACUCUCAGGUAUCAUGGGUCUUGGGUUUGCCUCAAUUUCUGCCCUCGGGACUACCCCAUUUUGGCAAGCCUUGUAUAAUUCCAGCCAGCUCUCAGAACCCUUGUUCUCUUUCUACCUUGAGCGCUAUAUCGACCAAUCUGCUGUGGACACUGCUCCGGGCGGCACGCUCACUCUCGGUGGAACAGACUCAACUUUGUACCAGGGCUCUAUCGAGUACUUGAGCCUAACUGGUCCGGAAUCGUAUUGGCUGCUCGAUGUUACCUCGGUCUCUGUGCAAGGAAAGACAAUCAGCGUCCCAUCGUCCAGUGCUCUUGCUGCCAUCGACACAGGCACUACCCUUAUCGCCGCACCCACCUCCAUUACCGCAAGUAUUUAUGCCCAAAUUCCAGGCUCCGUGGUGCUUACAGGACAAUACCAAGGCUUGUAUGCAUUCCCCUGUACCACUAACGUCGUCGUUACUAUGUCUUUUGGCGGUACCAACUGGGCGAUUAACUCUCUGGACAUGAACAUCGGCUCCGUCCCCGCUUCCGCCUUGACUUCCACGACUCAGACUCAGAUGUGCGCUGGUGGUAUCUUCGAUAUCGGCACCAGCAUUGGCGGUGGUUCUAGCUCACCUACUUGGAUUAUCGGUGAUACCUUCUUGAAGAACGUGUACUCCGUUUUCCGUGCCAACCCCCCUGCUGUUGGCUUUGCGCAGCUUGCUAGUGGCUUGAGCACUUCAACCGGAACUGCUUCUGCGAACUCCCCGGCGAAGGCGACUUCCGUGUCGCCUACUAGCUCGAGUACAAGCUCAAGCGGCAGUGGUGCAAACCCCCUUGUUGGAGCUGCCUCUACUAACAAAAACAUCGCUGUAUCUCUUACUCUUCUCGCAUCUGUGGCGGCCUGCUUCACCUUGUUGCUCUAAAGAGACUAUAUAUACCAUAUUACUAUUAUUGUGAUACCAUACACGGAUUCGGAGUCUUGGUUCGCAUCCAACUCGGAUAUUCUGUCUAACAUCACUCGUUGACUAGUUACUGACCUUAUAUUUAAGACUCCCCGUCCAUUCUUUCAUUUACGUUUUAUAUGUUUGGUUUGGACAGUUGUAUUAUGGUUCAUAGGGAGGUGUGCAGUACGUAGGUAACUUCCUUGCAUGUAUAUUGCAAUGCAUUUGCAGUUGAUUUGCAGUCGCUGAUCAUCCCUUAGGAUCAAUGGAUAUUGAGG